AUGCAGACCGAGGGACCUCUGCAACAAUUUAGUGACAUCAAGGAUGUCGUCAGCCAUUACGACGCGAUCCUCGCGUCAAUUAAAUCGCCCCAGACGGUUUACAAUGAGGGCAUUGCGAUAAUUCGCGAUCGCGUGACUGAGCUGUGGGCAAGCAUCGCUACUGCAGAACCAGAUGAGCGGGAGAAGCUGCAGGAGAAUCUGCUCGAGUUGGGCGGGCAGAAGAAGGAGAUGGAGAUCAAUUAUAAGGCCAAUAUUAAGAGAUGGGAGGUCAUUUACCAGACGAGGUUGAGGGAGACGAUGGAUGAGUUUCGGAGUCGACUUGCACAGCUCGCGGCAUCGAGUACUGCACGACCUCAAUCACAACCUCAACCUGAAAGUCUGCCUCAAAUUCAGCUCAAAACUCAACCUCAGUCACAAUCACAGCCGCCGUCACAGCCACAACCUCAACCUGAACCUGAACCUGAAAUUCAUCCUCACUCACAAUCACAGCCCCCACCGCAACCACAAUCGCAACCACAGCCUGGACCGCAAAUUAUCCUGGAUGAUGACUCUGCGAACGAAACCAAUGAAAAUAGGCAGACCGACAAUGAACCUGUCAAUUUUGAUCUGGUUGAGGACGAACCAACUGACGACGCCCCACACGUCAAAGAGUUGUCAGAGGAAAUAGGUGACGAGAUUGCAGCUGAGAAUGAGCCGGCGGGAUUCGACUCAACUGAGAAUGACGCUACAGAAAACGUACCUAUAAAAGAAGAGCCUGUUGAAAACGACAAACUUGAAAAUGUCGUCAGCCAGGAAGAAGACAGAGAUGAGGAUAUUUCAGCGCCACCUUCACCGGCAUGUGACACCAUCACGGUCGGAACAAGCACCAUGGUUCAACCACCACCAAAAGUCGAAAAGACGUGCACGACGAGCACGCGUGCGAGAGAAACAAGAAACAAGCGUAGGGCUGUUUCUCCAGUUCAUAUAACAAAUAAGCGACGAAAAACUAGUAGAGCAGCUUCAACAGCUUCAGCAGCUUCAACCCCAGACCCCGAAUUUGCUACGCCUGCAGAAGAGUCACGACGACCAACCCGCCAAAGCCACAGACGCAAUCAAUCGACUGGAUUUGAAGAAUUUCAGGGCAUAACCGAUCCGGAACCGGGGAGGAUCUAUCUCACCUUCUGGGCCAAGACUAAAGAGUGGCUCGCCGUGCUUCUUCUCCCCAUGGGCGAUUUCAACAGCGUCGGCAUCCCUGGCUCUAUCAGUACCUGUGGCCUGUCGGAAUCUCUCCCAUCAUGUUACCGCUACAAUAGGUCGAAGAAGAAGAAGUACUCCUGGACGACAGAGUACCAAGAUGGUAUGCGUUUGGUCAACGAACGCAUGUUUCCGGUGAUGUUCUUUGAUGGGCGGGAUUUUCCUCACAAAAGCGCCAUUAUGUGGAUUGAGGCGAAGAAUCUGCGCAAAUUCCACAUGAAGCUUGGAAGUUCACUUGUUCCGAAUAGGAAAACGAUUCUGAAGUAUCUCAAACAACAAGGUGGGAGGGCCUCGUCAUACGGAAUAGAGGAUGAGGAAGUGGGACGAUCAGAAAGGUUGAGCUCUCACUUAUCUGAUAUUGCCGAGCAAGAAGAUUCAAACAGUCCUGAACCCUCCACUGCAGGACCUUCAAAUGAGCCUCAGGCCCCUCCAGCUAACGCAGGUACAAACAAACAGGAACCCGCGCCGCUGGAAGAAGCCGAAGCUCCUGCCCUAGAAGCUGAACCAUCUAUCAAGAUUCAAAGAACGUCAUCAACCCCAGCAAGAGGCGUGUCUCACCCACGGCUCUCUGCUAUUCUUAACAGUCCUUUCCCAAUGCCUUCACCACCGGCCACACCUGGGCACUCUCGUAGCCGACGACGACGUGGCGGAGCUGGCAAUGCUAAAGAGAAGCCCGUUGUUAUUGAUAUUUCUGAUGACGAGUCGGAGUUUGACUGGGACGACGAAGAGGACACUAACGUUGGUCUGACUCGAGACGAUACCAUUCCCGCCCCUUCUGAAAGCCUGGCACAGGAUACUGAAGGAUUGGAUACUCCUGUCCAGUAUCAAGCCGAGCAUGAAGAAUCAACUAUCAAGCCACAACCAGCAGUGAUCACGAAUCAACCUACAGCAGAGGAUGAAGCUCGAGCUGCGGCUUCACGAAUCGCUCAAGCCGCACUAGAUCACGAAGUACCAUAUCAAGACAGGGAGACUUAUCAGACUGGAAACACAGGGGAGGGAGCUCCCCAAGAGCGAAAUUCCUAUUCUAUAGGGCAUCUGUACCUGCGCAGUCCAUCCGCCACCAAUACCUCACAAUCGGGUCAAGACUACUACCAUAUCCACGGCCAGACCCGAGCUACUUCCGACUCACGCCCAGUGUCUGCUGCUGUGCAUCUCAGCCCGGGGCAAACCCACCCCGAAUCUCAAUCCCAACACCAUCGACCACCUCGAUUACAGGAGCCAACCCCACCACAAACCUCCCAACCCCCUCUGUCGAGACACUUAUAUUUCUCACCUACGAACUCCCAUUCCAUACCCCCGGGAGGCAACGCUCCAGCUCCGGAGUCUGAACAAGGUCAGGAGAUGUCUCACCGGCCUCUUGUCAAUAACAUAACAGCGGUUCGACAACGCUGGGAACAGCAACAUGGAAUACUUGCCGUGGACCGGCCCCAUGCUUCUUCCCAGCAAACUUACCAGCAGACGACUCCGACGGAAUAUCGAGAUUCACAAGGACAUCACCAUCAGGCUCUAACUCCAGCACAACAGCUAACUUUGGAUCGUUAUUGGGACCGGCAACGAGCCCAGCGGGCUUCGCAGCACCAAUUAAACCAACAGGUUCCCCAACAGGUUCCCCAACAGGUUCCCCGACAGGUUCCCCAACAGAGCCAACGUCGGGAUCAACAGUUGCUUGCUCAACAAGCACAGUUAUAUCUACAAGCGCAAGCAGAUAGACCGCCAUCCAAUGCUCAAUAUCCUGUCCAAGCAGAAAACUUUCAACCGUCCCAUGAAACCUCCCAGAGACGAUAUUUCAAUCACCCCGAGAAUUGUAUAUCGAACCAGACACAUCGAUACCCCCCACCAUCCUCUAACCUAGCUGUCCCUCGCAACUCAUCACAUAUAUCGCAAGCUCAGCCGCCAAAUCACAGGGAACAAAUGUCAUCAGAUCAGGCCCCAGAUAAUUCUGAUCAAUCUUAUAAUCCUUAUUCAUCUAUACGCUGCCUAUCUGAGUACCAAGACCCGCAACACGCACCAGUGGAGCGUGGAUUUCAUGCCCAAGCUGCGCAGCAAACGGCGGCUCAAUCACGUUACAUGAGAAACCCCCAGAUGGUUUCUGCACGGGCUUAUCAAGGCAUGAGGCCUCCGGUGUACCAGCCUGCAUCACAGCACCGUCAAGCCAGACAGUAUAUACAGGGGCCCGAUGAUAGAGAUCCUCGGAUUUGA